AUGGCGAUGCGAUCGCCUUUAUCACACGCUGUGAAGCGUGCGACGUGGACCUCACCCGCCAUCUCGGUCUUGUCACCGUGUACCCAGCGCUGGAGAAGAGGCAAUGCGACAGUCGCUCCCCCGCCGGUUACGCAGAGCUCCGCCGGCUCAAAAGGCCCCACUGCCAUGGUUUUCAUGAACAUGGGCGGGCCGUCGACGACUGAUGAAGUUCACAGUUUCCUGAGCAACUUGUUUUCCGAUGCCGACUUAAUACCCUUGGGACGCCUACAAAACUAUAUUGGACCAUAUAUCGCACGAAGACGUACACCCAAAAUCCAGAAACAAUAUGCGGAGAUUGGCGGAGGGUCUCCCAUCCGGAAAUGGUCAGAGUACCAGGCCGCCGAGAUGUGUAAGAUACUGGACCAAACCUCGCCGGAGACCGCACCGCAUAAACCAUAUGUCGCCUUCCGGUAUGCGAAUCCAUUGACGGAACAAAUGUACCAGCAAUUGCUCGCAGAUGGUUUCGGUGGUGGCAAGGGUGGCCGCGCUGUCGCAUUUACACAAUACCCGCAAUACUCGUGUUCGACGACUGGCUCAUCGCUCAAUGAGUUAUGGAAGUGGCGACAAAGGUUGGAGGGCAAGAGGGCGACGGGAGAGGUCGACCCAGAAGGCUCAAUCAAGUGGAGUGUGAUCGACCGUUGGCCGACGCACCCGGGGCUUGUCGAAGCCUUUGCUCAAAACAUCGAGAAGACGCUACAAGAGUACCCACCAGAGCGAAGAGACAACGUUGUGUUACUUUACUCGGCGCACAGUCUUCCUAUGAGUGUGGUCAACCGCGGCGACCCUUACCCGGCCGAGGUGGCAGCAACAGUGCAUGCUGUGAACCAGCGAUUGGGCAUGAAGUAUCAAUACCGACUCGUCUGGCAAUCGCAAGUCGGUCCGCAGCCCUGGCUUGGAGCGCAGACGUCCGACACCGUCAAGAACCUCAUGAAGAAGGGCAAUACCGACCUCAUCCUCAUUCCCAUUGCUUUUACGAGCGACCACAUCGAGACACUGUACGAAUUGGACAAAGAAGUCAUUGGCGAAGACGCGGAGGGUCACGAGGGCGUAAAGCGUGUAGAGAGCCUGAACGACAAUCCUGUCUUCAUUCAAGGUCUUGCCGAUAUUGCGAAGACGCACCUGCACUCCGGAAUCGCUUGCAGUCGGCAGAUGACACUGAGAUGUCCGGGAUGUGUAAGUGAGCGGUGCUUGGCGCAGAAGGAGUUCUUUGCUGGCCAAAACCAGCUUAUAGAACCUCUUACCGUAUGA